CGUCGGGCAGAGAAGAUGCGUGCGCGAGUAGCUCCCACCUCGGGGGCUCCCCAACGCCGGACCCCGCCCACGGCCAGCGCACGGCCCCGCCUCCAGCGCCCCACUCCCGACCAGCGCUCCGCCCCCUUGACCUUCAGCCCCGUCUCUAUCUCUGCCCCCAGCCAGCGCUCCGCCCCCGCCCCCCCGGGUGGUCUCUGGGCUCCGCAGGGCGACCGCGUUCCGUUCAUCGGCUCGCUGCGGAGCCAGGUGCUGAGGAGCCCGGAAGAGAUAGCAGCGCUGUACCGCGAGCUCAACCAGUGCCCCUCGCUCUGCAGUGCCUGCAUCGGACCCGAGGUCACCACUCAGUAUGGGGGCAAAUACUGCAAUGUCUAUACAGAGUGGUCUCAGCAGGACCUGGAGAGAGCCGAGAAUGUGAAGUUCUGCCGCCAGUACCUCAUCUUCCAUGACAGCCAGGCCAUCGUGUACUCUGGCCCCUCGGGCACCUGCAGUGAGAUCAAGGGAGAGCUGCUGAGCAGGGAGUCUCCCAGUGGGGCACUUAAGGCCGUUUUGCGGAAAGCCAGUCCUGGCAAAGGCGAGGAGAAGCAAUUCCUUGAGAUAUGGGAUCAGAAUCGCAAGGUGAAGAGCAUCAACCUGACAGUGCUGGAGAAGCAUGGCAAUGUCUAUGAGGAUGAUCAGUUUGGCUGCUUGUCCUGGUCGCACUCGGAGACUCACCUGCUUUACGUGGCUGAGAGGAAACGGCCCAAGGCCGAGUCCUUCUUCCAGAGCAGAGCCCCGGAGCUGAGCAGCAGCUGUGCUGAUGAGAGACGCGACAAGGCUGUCAAGGGGGAGCAGUUCGUGUACCACGACGACUGGGGCGAGGCACUGGUGGGCAAGAGCAUCCCGGCCCUGUGCGUGCUGGAUGUGGAGAGUGGCAAUGUGUCAGUGCUGGAGGGCGUCCCGGAGCACAUCUCCCCUGGGCAGGCCUUCUGGUCCCCUGGUGACAUGGGUGUGGUGUUCAUAGGCUGGUGGCAUGAGCCCUUCCGCCUGGGCCUGCGGCACUGCACUAACCGCAGGUCAGCACUGUUCUAUGUGGACCUGACAGGAGCGAGGUGUGAGCUGCUGUCAGAUGACACCAAGGCUGUGUGGUCCCCACGCCUGAGCCCUGACCAGUGCCGCAUUGUGUACCUGGAGAACGGCGUACUCGGGCCCCACCAGCAGUGCAGCUGCCUCCGCAUGUAUGACUGGUACACGAAGGUCACCUCCACCGUGCUGGAUGUCGUGCCCCGGCACAGCCAGGGAACGUUCACAGGGAUCUAUUGCCCAGCGCUGCCGGGCCUGUGCUGGGCAGCCGAUAGCCAGAGGGUCGUGCUGGACACCGCUCAGCGCAGCCGGCAGGAGCUGCUUGUGGUGGAGACGCUGACUGGUAGCGUGACCUCCCUGACGAUGGGUGCCCCCCUGGGCAGCUGGUCUCUCCUCACCAUUGACCGGGAUCUCCUGGUGGCCAGGUUCUCGACCCCCAGCUGCCCCCCCACAUUGAAGGUGGCCUUCCUCCCCAGGGCCGGGCAGGAGGCCCAGGUGCACUGGGUGUGUCUGGAGGACGUGACCCCUGUCCCAGAGAUCAGCUGGGCGAUCCGGCCCCUGCAGCCCCCCCCAGACCAAGAGAACCCAAAGUACGAGGGUAUUGAUUUCGAAGCCAUCCUGCUACAGCCCAGCAAGGGGCUAGGUCUGAGGAAGCUGCCUCUGGUGGUCAUGCCCCAUGGAGGCCCACACUCCGUCUGCACAGCCAGCUGGAUGCUGUACCCCGCAGCGCUCUGCAGGAUCGGCUUCGCUGUGCUCCUGGUGAAUUACCGCGGUUCACUGGGCUUUGGCCAGGACAGCGUCGCCUCCCUGCCCGGCCACGUGGGCUGCCAGGAUGUCAAAGACGUGCAGUACUGCGUGGAGCAGGUGUUGCAGGAGGAGCCCCUAGACUCAGCGCGGGUGGCACUAGUGGGUGGCUCACAUGGGGGCUUCCUUGCUUGCCACCUCAUCGGCCAGUACCCAGGCACCUACCAGGCCUGUGUGGCAAGGAACCCGGUCGUCAACAUGGCCUCCAUGAUCAGCGGCACCGACAUCCCGGACUGGUGUCUGACUGAGGCCGGCUUCCCCUAUGCACCCGACACCCUCCCGGAUGCCUCCCACUGGGCAGAGAUGCUCCACAAGUCACCCAUGCAGUACGUCGCCCAGGUCCGGGCACCUGUGCUCCUGAUGCUGGGAGAAGAGGACAGGCGUGUCCCCCCCAAGCAGGGGCUGGAGUACUACCGUGCUCUCAAGGCCAGGGGCGUUCCUACCCGGCUGCUGCUGUACCCUAGGAACAGCCAUGCGCUCUCCGGCGUUGAGGCUGAGGCUGAUGGCUUUAUGAACAUGGUGCUCUGGCUGCUCCAGCACCUGCAGUGCUGACGGGCUGUGCUCCGCCUCUGCCCAAGCCCUGUAACCUGUUUCCAAUAAACCCACGGCUCAUCUUG